GCAGAGCUCACACUCACCUGUCUCACUUUAUUCAUCCAGCAUCACUGGUAAACCGCGCUAUAUUCCUUGUAAAUAAUUCACUUCACUGCGUGUGAAAUGCCAAAGGGAUUUGUCAGAACCAACGGACAUGUCCGAAAGUUCCUCUGGAGUGAACACCAGCAGUGAAAGUCUUCCGAAGUCACACUCACACUACUCUGAGUUAGGCGACACACACACUCCUUUCUCUGUGGAACUGACUCCAGACUCGGGCAUUGUUGCCACUCCACUGCCGUCCGGCCGGUUUAGGUUUGCCUCGUGGCACUGGCUAGAGGAGCAUGAUGUCCGUGGAGACCAGCUCGCCUGCCCCAGGGUCAGAGAGGGUCCUGCUGAAGUCGAGCUGUCUAUUAACAGUGAAGAUAUAUUUCUCAGAGGAGGCAGGAGGAAGAGGAGGGAGGAUGAAGGACAGAAAUGGGAGGAGAGACUCCAGGAGAACUGGGAGAACUGCGCGGUGCUGAACUUGUCUUAUCAGGACUUAGGAGAUCCGUACCAGCUGGAGAACUUCAUCCGUAUCCUAAGGAGACUGAUCCGGGUGGAGCGUCUGCAGCUGGUGGAUAACGCACUGAGAGAUCUCAGCUCUGUCAGACUGCCAAGAUGUAAAAUCCUGAAUCUUCACCGGAACAACUUGACGUCCAUUCGUAAGCUGCCAAAGGUUCCUGAGAUCCAGCACUUGUGCCUGUCUGAAAACAGUAUUUCCUCUCUGGGCGAACUGUCCCUCCUGAGGAGCACACCGCUCCGAUCUCUGACCCUCAAACGCAACCCCUGCCAGUUUCUGGAGGACUACCGCUCACGUGUGUUCUCCUGUUUGCCAAAACUCCAAGUUCUGGAUGGCAUCCCAAAGCUACAGGAGGAUUCCAUGCCUCUCUCUUCACCAGCAGCGUCCAGAUUUUGUACCAUUCUCUGAGGAUGCAACAGAACCUGAAGCCAAGAUCUGAAUCCAGUGUACUGUACCAUCAGAAUGAACUCGAAAGCUCUAAAAAUGCACUUCUAGCUCUGUAAACUCCCAAACUCUAUUAAGCUGUUAAAACUACAUUUAUACGACUUAAUAAAGCUAUUUUUGUACUUUUACUUCACAUUUUCACAAUUCAUGAACU